AUGAAAUUCCUCACAAUUUCUUCAAUCAUCUUUGCUUUUAUUUCUUGCUCGAUGGCUUGUUUUGGAGGAUCAAGUCAAUGUUGUGCUCCAACUCAACCAUCAUGUGGAAAUCCAUGGUAAGUUUAUUUUUUAACUAGGUUGAUUUCUCAACAUCAAAAUAUAAUUUCAGUGGUGGUGGUGCUGCAAUUGGUCCAGCUGCGUAUCCAGCUUCAUCUUAUGCUCUUCCACCUCCACCACCUCCUCCUCCAGCUCCCCAAUAUGCUGCACCAGUUGCAGCAUAUCCAAAUGCUUAUCCAGCUGCUGGAAAAUAA